AUGGGUAACAAAGCCAAGAGACAUGGGAGCAAUGAUACCAGAAAGAGUAACAAGUGUAGUAGUAGUGGCAACUCAAAACUUGUUAUUGGUAGUAAUACUAGCAGCAGCAAAAGGGAGGAGGAACAUGAAAUUAUAGGACAGAGGAAGAAUAAGAAGAUGAAGAUGGAUAACAAUGGGAAGGCCAUGGGAAAGUGUAGUGACGACAAGGUUAAGGACGGCAGCAGCAGUAUUUUCGAUCACUAUAGAAUACUGCUUGAGAUAUUGAGCCGUCUCCCAAUCAAAUCACUCAUGCCUUUCAAGUGUGUAAGCAAACAUUGGCAGUUCUCAAUUUGCCAAGAUCAAGGUUUGAUUGAUUUACACUUCAGUCGAUCAAAGCAACAUUGUCAAGAUCUCUUUAUUCUUGUUCCACGUUAUACCAAGGUUGAUCCCUCUGAUAGAAGAAAGAUUUACGCAGGGCGCAGGAGUACAAAUAGAACUACUGUUUCAAAAUCAGAGAACCAUUCAUUUCGUUAUGAUGAGAUUCUUAAACCUGUUAAUGGAUUGAUUUGUUUUGCUAACCAUAGUUUAGCUGCUGUUCGCAUACUGAAUCCGAGUACUAGAGAAUUAACACCAUGGAUAGCUACAUCACUUCGUGAAAACAAAAAGUACAAUUUCAUUGCAGAUCAUGCUUGUGGUCAAGACAUCCGGUGGGACGACUUUUGUGAGGUCUUUACCGUAGGAGAGAACACUUGGAGAUACGUCGACGAAAAAAUACCAUAUUCAUAUGAUGUAAAAGUUUCAGUUUACUCAAAUGGUUUUAUAUAUUGGGGUAAGCAAUUCAUUGGCGUCCCCGAAAAAAUAAAUGCAUUUGAUGUUGGACAAGAGAAAUUCAAAGUGAUUCAGGUUCCUCAAGAUAUCAGAGACAAAUGUAAGAACCCACCAGGAGGCUAUUGGUGUGGUCCUUUCGAUGGUUUAAUAGAAGUGGGUGGGCAUUUAGCUUUACUUCAAAGAUGGACUGGUAAUGUUGUGAAGCUAUGGAUUUGUGGUGAUGAUACUUCUACUGGCAACUACAGCAAGUGGACUGAAAUUACCAUGAAGUUACCUUUUCAGUGGGGCAGGCAUGGUAGAUUCCCUUACUUCCAUGGUGUUGCAGGAGAAGACCGGAUCAUUAUAGAAUCCUACCCAGCUGUGACUAGAGAUAUAAAGAAAGUCUCUUUAUAUUCUUAUGAUUUGAAAGAGAAGACGUCAACAAAAAUGCCUAAAAGUGGUGUGGUUACGGAAUUGGUUUCUGCUUCCUUAUAUUCGAAACUAGCUUCUGUUUCCUUGAUCAGAUCUUUUGCAUCAAGCCUUUGGCCCGUUGGAAAGUGCUGA